UAGAUCAGCCUCCAGCAAGAUCAAUCAGCCAGCGGCUAAAAAUGCAUCGGAACAUUUGACAAAUUCUAGCAUGUCCACAUUCACCACAGCAGGUAGACAGGCUGGUUGUGUCCCAGCUGGCAGGACAAGUGUCCCUGCUUAGACGGGUUACUGUGUACCACUCAUAUCAGGAAGUGAGUGUGCAGCAGUCCACUGUGGAUGGAUGGAGGGCAGUCCAUGAAGCUUGUGGUGGUCUAUUUGGGGCUCCUGUGUUUUCUUUGCACCCACAUUCUGGUUGAUGGUGACUUAUCUUCACUCCAUUUUGCCGAGGAUGGAAAACAGGAGGUUUUCAGGGCGAGGGGCCGAAUGAAAAGGGGAACUAGAGGUGGAAUAAAUCCAUUUGAACCCAUUGCUGCUUCAUUCACUGGAUUGCACUACCAUUUGACCAACCCCAGGGCACCUUUGGGUCAAUUCCUGGAAGGCUUAGCUGCUCCCUUUGCUGCCCAGCAGCAGCAGCAACAGCAACAGCAUGAUGAGCCAGAACAAGAGCAACCAUCAACGUCAUAUUCACACCAACCAUUACAAGAGGAAAAGUUGGGGGACGACGGCAAACAUCAGCAGCAACAGCCACAACAGGACCUCCCACCGUCGUCAGCAGCAGCUACAGGAUCCACUCAUCCUCAGCACUGGCCCGGUCUGCUCAUGGACCCCGCCCUGCAGGCCAUCAGCACCAGUGCCAGCACUAGUGGCAGCAGCCUCCUGCGGGCCCUCCUGCGCACGCUGAUUGGCAAGUUCGGCGAGGACGUGGGUGCUGCAGCCGAGAGCGGGAUCGUGAGCUCCACCUACGAGCUGUGGGCCAUGGACGCCUGCACCGCGGACUUCUCCACUGCCCAACUCCUGCUGCCCAGCUCGGACAAGAGCGCCUCGGACGCACAGGACAGCAUCUUCCGUUACGUGCUCCGCAUCGCCAACCUCACCGACACUGCCAAGGACCUCCUGCAUGCACACGCUGUGGAACGCUGUGGCUUCAAGCGAGAGCCCUACGAGGAGUGGGCCAAGUUGGAGCCAUUCGAGGGCUGCUUGCCCAGGCCAAAGCUGGUGUACCUCAAGUGGGGGAAUCAGGAGAGAGAACUGCUGAAGGACGCGUUCGUCAAGAUACAGGUCUACACGCUGGCCCAACGUGUGACCUACGGGUAUUUCCACUCGCUCAUGCAACAGGGGCGCCAUGUGUCUCUACUCACCGAGUACCUGAGGGACAUCACGUGCAGCAUGCAACACUUGCGAGACAACAUCCGGGAUGAGCUCCUCAUCAACCACUCGUUUGACGUGCCCAUCCGGUCGACGGCAGCCUACACCAGUGGCCAGAUCGCCAGCCGCUGUCUGGUCCAGCAGGACCCCUGCGUCAAGACCCUGCGCAUGUUCCACACCACCAAGACCUACAUGGACCUGCUCAGGACUGAGUGGCUCCACAACAAUGACCAUCACCCCCUCACCAAUGCCAACAAUCACAAUGGCAAGGCCCGCCAUCAGGGUAGAAGAGGCUGACAAGCUUAUUGAUGCCCAAUAACCACAACCUCUUUCUUUCUCUUUCUACUGUACCAGCUGUGUAUUGUGUAUGCUGUAUAGUACAGUGCGACCCCUUUACAUGCAGCAGACGAUUCAAAUCAGGGGCACAAUACAACUUUUCAAAAAAUCUGCUCAACAUCUGGAAAACAUUUAUGGACACUGUUGCCCAACAAUUUGCCAAAAAUGCAGCAAUUUCAUUUUUCCACAUUUGUUAUAUCCUUUAUUUGAACAAAUUUAGCUAUUCAAAUUCACAGAAUUUUAAAAUAUAUUUCAUAAUAAAAAAAUGUGCUAAUUAGGUGCUUAUGUUCUUCAGAGUUAUUUCCACCAUGUAUAGCUAUAUGGACUUGUCCUUGCUGUUUGAUUCAUAUGAGCUCCUUUGAAAUGCCAAAGCAUCAGAUCAUGCUAGCUUGGUUUUAUUUUCUGUAUCUUCAAGUCGAGAAAACAAUUUUUAUUGAAUCAUCUUUCUGGGAACUUCAUUCCAAAUUGUUGCCGCAUCUUGGGGCCCCAUUGUUAUUAUAUGAAUAUAUAUCUGUAUGUAGGCUCAAAUCUUUGUCCUUUUGAGUGAUGUGUGACACCGGAUUCGAACAAAGAAAAAAAAUUCCAGUCAUCUUGAAUAAUAAAUAUAUGAUACAUUGCAUUGCAUUCAAGAUUAUUUAUGCCGGACCUGAUUUCCUGCUGCAAUAGAUGAACUUUAAUUUUUAGACUUGGGAAUGUUCCUCUUGAAAUCCCUGCGUGCAUAUGCUGUAUGCCAGUAUGUGGCAGUAGGAUAUGGGAAAAUUUGAGACAGACAAUUUUUACAGGGCUAGUUUAAGGCAAUGAAGGCAAAUUGGAGACAGGACCAAAUUGUGACAGGGAGACAGGGAUAAUUUGAGACAAAGACUGUUUGAGACAAAAUGGCUUGACUGUGUUUCUCCUUAUUCUGUUUUGUUGAAGGUGUGAAAAGGAAAAAAAGUUGCACUGUUUGGUGAGAA